CAGCCAGCCAGUGUUGGCCCCUCUUUUAACCAAGUGGGCUUUGAGUAACAAACAAAUAUCUAUCUCUCUGGGUUGCAUUGCGGUCUUCUCUCUCUUGGAUUUCCCCAAAAUUACAGAGUCAGUCAGCAAUGGCCGAUCACCACCACCACCACCACCACCGCCCUCACCGCCUCUCACUCCCUUCACGCACCGCCAUCCCCACCACCAUCGCCGCCGCCGCCGCAACCUCCACCCCUAGAUCCUACCCUGUAUACCCUUACCCUCCAUCAACCCCAACCCCUACUCCUUCCAAACACCGCCUCUCCAUCCUCAACAUCAACAACAAAUCACCCACCAAGAAAACCUCUCUCUCUUUCCUCUUCCUCCUCCUCUUCUCUCUCCGCUCUCUCUACUCUCUCCUCCCCUUCCUCCGCUCCUCCCCCUCCUCUUUCUCCAUCUUUCCUUUCUCUUUCCUCGUCUCCCUCCUUUCCUUCCUCUUCUCCUUUGCCUUCUCUCUCUUCUCUCCAUCUUCUUCCCGUCAAAAACAACAACUACAACCCAUCUUCUCUCUCUCCUCGAUUUCCCCAUCUCAGCACAGGCUUCUUCUCUCCAAAUCUCUCCUUCUUGCUAUCGUCUUCCUCAUCAGAUUCCAAGCCCUCCUGUACUGCGGCACUGCGGCCAUGAUUCUCGCCGAAUUGUCCGGGAACGUCGCUGCUCGGUUCUUCUUCGAGGGCCGAAAUCGCCAUCUGGAUCGAAUUCGAUCAUCUAAGGUACGUGGGUUUUUCUUAUUGUUUAUUGGGUUGUUUUUGUUAUCGGUCAGUUGGGAUCGAAUCGAAUGCUUUCCAUUCUCUGCUGUAAAUGUUGCUAAAUUCGGGUUUUCAGUGGUUCCUAGUGAGAAUUGUUUUAGGAUUUGGCCGAUGUUGCUGCCUUUUCUCUCUGGAUUUUUAGGGUGCUAUGAACGCGUUUCUAUGAAUUGGGUGAGUGUUAGGGAAUUGGGUCAAAAACGGGUUCGGUUAAUUUCGCUGUUUUACACAACAGUUGUGCUUUUCAUUCUUAUUUUUUUUUGUUGUAGUAUGUUUUUGUUUGAAGCAGAUGGAGACAGUAUUUCUAUUGGAAGUUUAGGUUGGCCCUUAGCUAAUACUGUUGUGUUUGGGGUACUUUUGAGUGAGAAUUACAGUGAUGAGAAGUUAGUAAAUUCCAAAGAUUUGCAGAGGGAAUUUCUUGUCACUUUCGUAUGUACUCUUCUUUUGGAGCUGUUCUAUUUUCCAGAGCUUUCACUUUGGGGAUUGUUGAUAUGUGGUUUAUUGCUUGGGAUCGCUGUUAGAGAAUUGGAUCCUCUGUAUUCAAGUUAUCUUGAAUUGGGUUUAGAGCGUUCAGAUUCGUUUACUACCUUAAUCAUGAAGCCUAUCCGCCACAUUCUGAGUGAAAGAAAGUCCCGUAAGAUUGCACUUUUCCUUUUGAUCAACACGGGUUACAUGGUUGUGGAAUUUGUUGCCGGGUUCAUGAGCAACAGUCUUGGGUUGAUAUCCGAUGCUUGUCACAUGUUAUUCGAUUGUGCAGCUCUUGCAAUUGGAUUAUAUGCUUCUUAUAUUUCGAGGCUGCCAGCAAACAGCCAGUUUAAUUAUGGUCGUGGGAGAUUCGAGGUUCUGUCAGGAUAUGUUAAUGCUGUUUUUUUGGUUCUUGUUGGAGCACUAAUUGUGUUGGAGUCAUUUGAGAGGAUAUUGGACCCCCAAGAAAUAUCAACUAAUAGUCUUUUGACAGUUUCUGUUGGAGGGCUUCUUGUGAAUGUGGUCGGUUUGAUUUUUUUCCACGAAGAGCAUCAUCACGCCCAUGGUGGAACAGGAUCAUGUUCCCACUCCCACUCCAACUCCAACUCCAACUCCAGCGUCCACCACCAUCAUCAUUCACAUGAUCAUAAAGCUCAUGGUCAUGAUCAUGAAUGUAUAGUUGUUUCCAAUGACUCCCAUGAAAAACCAUGUUCUGGCCAUAAUGACUCAUGCAGUGAUACCCAUGUACACCAAGACUGUAAUCACCAUCACGGUCCUGACAAUACAGAAUGCCGCAAAACUAGUAGUGCCAAGUGCCAUGGUCAUGAUCACCAUGAUCAUGUUCACGAUCACCAUGACCAUGCUCAUGAUCACAACCACCAGGAGAAUCAUCAUCAUCAUGACCAUGCUCAUGAUCACAACCACCAGGAGAAUCACCAUCAUCAUGAUCAUAAGCAACAGCAUGCUGAUCAGCAUCUCCACAAAAGCACAGUUAGUUCUUCAAGAAGCUUCAACAGUCAUUCUGUUGAAGUCCACUCAGGGGGAGAUUCACAUGUUCGAGGAAAUCUUCACAACCAUGCUCAUAGUUCAGAUUUGGAAGUCCAUCUGUCUUCAAAAAAUAGCACUUCUCAACAGAAAGAACUACCAUCUCACAAAGAAGAUGUGCAAAAACACCACCACCACCACAUUGACCACAACAUGGAAGGCAUCUUCUUGCAUGUUUUGGCAGAUACCUUGGGAAGUGUUGGCGUUGUUAUUUCAACCCUCUUAAUCAAGUAUAAGGGAUGGCUUGUUGCAGACCCUGCCUGCUCAAUAUUUAUCUCCGUAUUAAUUGUAUCUUCUGUAAUACCUCUGCUCAGGAACUCUGCUGAAAUUUUGCUUCAAAGAGUCCCUAAGGCUCACGAACAGGACCUUAAGGAAGCUAUAAAUGAUAUUGUGAAGAUAAAGGGAGUAUGUGGCAUUCAAAAUUUGCAUGUGUGGAGUUUCACGAGCACAGAUGUUGUCGGCACUCUUCAUCUUCAUGUCUCAACGGAGAAAGACAAGGCUUCUGCUAAGGCACAGGUGUCACAUAUAUUACAUGAUGCCGGAGUCAAGGAUUUGACAGUGCAGGUGGAAUGUGCGAAGGGUAAUUAAGGGAUUUGCUUCCAACUUAGUUUUCACCUUCUUGAAGUGUUUGGAGCAGAUCAAAAUAGUAGCUUAUCAAUUUUGAGAAUUGAAUGUGAUUAUGACAAACUUCUACAAAAAUGUUAGAAGUUUGUCACUCUGCUCCUCAAGAUCACCGUGCUUGUACUUGAAUUCAGAUGGAUUUGAACGUGUUGCAGCUAGAUGGAUUGAGAUCUUGAAGCGUCAAUUUGUAUCACACUUAAGCUUGCUGUUUUUAAAUGUCAUCAUGCAUCUUUACUCGUUGAGUAUGGUAUUUUUCGUUGGACAACACAGUGGAAUUUGUAAUGAAUAUGCAGUGGAUCUGUACGCUAUACUUUUACUGUUUUUGUCAGUUAUAAGUUAGCUUUCAGUGGCAAAUUCAAAGCAACAUACAAUUACUUAAAAUGCUGCAUUUCUACUUAAUCUAGAUGUGUUACUUGUGUCA